ACUUUGGGAGCUGGCAAUGAAAGGAAUGGUGCUGGGGAUGGAUGUGGAGGGCUCAAAUAAAGACCACUUAGGUGAAGUCUGUCUGAGAAGUCAUUAGAUAGCAAGCUCUCCUUCCCUGUUUCACACUAGCAGGAUACUGCUGCUCUCCCACCAGGAGACUGGAGGCUCUUCUCUUUGAGAACAUAAAACGGGAUCUUUGAACCUGGAGACCCCAGGCACAAUUAUGAGGCUACAUUUAUGAAAACAGACAGUGAAGGCUGAAGCCCUUCAUCCUCCUCCAGUUUAAAUCCCAGAACUUUUUGCAGCCGGUCUAAUACCUUUGAGGCUCUAUAUGAGAAUUGUACACACACAUACACGUAAAGGGAAGGAUCUGUACAAUAAAUUAGUCACAGUGAUGGCUUCUGGGAAGGGAAAGGAACUUUGUGGCUGAGGGAAAAAAUGUGAAGAGACUUAACUAUUCACACAUUUUUAUUCUUUUAAAAUAAUGUACCAUGUGCAUAUAUUGCCUAUUCAAAAAUGAAAUGUAUUUCUUAAAUGCAAAUGAAUACACCCUUUGAGACAAGAAUUUAUAGAUAAUGUCUACACAUGUGUAAAAUAAUGUUAAGUACAGUGCCACUCAUUGCAGUAUUGCUUUAGCAAAAGAUUAGAAACAGUCUCAAUUUUCAUUAAUAGAUGGUUGGUAAAAUAAAUUUUGUACAACUCUCUCUUGGAAUAUUUUGUAGUCAUAAAAAAACAAUGAAAUAAGCUCAUUGUAUAAAAAAAGAGUAAUCACAAAGAUACAUGUUGGGGAGGAGGUUCAGAAAAAAAUAUAUCACUAGUUUUAUAAAAAAAGAUGUGUGUAUGUAUAUAUGUAUAUAAAAUAUCUGAAAGAUAAGCAGAACAUUGAUUGCCUUUGAAGAGGGGAUCUGGAUGGUAAGACAAAAGUGGGAUUAGGGAGAGACUUUUCAAUGUAUAUUUUUGUACCUUUUGAACAUGUUACUCAGUGAAUAAAUUAGUAAAUGUUAAUAGGAAAAAAAUUGAUGAAGAUCCUGAUGUUAAGCAUAUCCUGAAUAAUAAAAGAUCUCUUACUACAGGAAAGAAUACUGCGUAACAAUCCUGAAAUCUUAGUGGCUCACAGCAUUUCAUGCCCUUGAUUCUUCAGGUAGACAUUUCAUGGUUCUUCAGUGGUUUAGAUGUUGAUUGGGCUAGGCUGGACUCCAGACUUCAGUUUUGAGUUCAGAUCUGCUCCAUGUAUCUUCAUUGUGGAACCUGGGCUGAAAAAGCAAAAAUAUGUGGAGUGUACUUUUCUUGGGGCUGAAGGGAGAUGUCCUUUGCUUCUCAGAUGUAAUGCACUUUAAGUUUGUUAUUCAACAGUGAAAAUGAGUCAUACAGAGGUAAAAUUAAAAGUACCUUUUGGAAAUAAAUUGCUAGAUGCUGUUUGUUUGGUACCUAACAAGAACUUAACAUAUGGAGUCAUUCUUACACAUGGAGCAUCAGGAGAUAUGAAUCUCCCUCAUUUGACAUCACUGGCAUCCCAUCUUGCCUCUCAUGGGUUUUUUUGCCUGAGAUUUACCUGUAAAGGCCUUAAUAUUGUACAUAGAAUUAAGGCAUAUAAAUCAGUUUUGAAUUACUUAAAGACCUCAGGAGAAUACAAACUUGCAGGUGUUUUCCUUGGAGGUCGUUCAAUGGGCUCAAGAGCAGCUGCUUCUGUACUGUGUCAUGUUGAGCCUGAUGAUGCUGAUGAUUUUGUUCGAGGUCUCAUUUGUAUUUCCUAUCCACUGCACCAUCCAAAACAGCAGCAUAAACUUAGAGAUGAAGAUCUCUUUCGUAUAAAAGAUCCUGUACUGUUUGUGUCAGGCUCAGCAGACGAAAUGUGUGAAAAGAACUUGUUGGAGAAAGUGGCACAGAAAAUGCAAGCUCCUCAUAAAAUCCACUGGAUUGAGAAGGCAAAUCAUUCCAUGGCAGUGAAAGGACGGUCAACAAAUGAUGUUUUCAAAGAAAUAAAUACACAGAUUUUGUUUUGGAUCCAGGAAAUCACUGAAACGGACAGGAAAUAAUGGUCUAUAAGUUAAAGACUAUGUUAUUUUGAAUACAAAUAGAGUUAAUUUGUUAAAGAAGAGCAUACUUCUCAGCAUUAUGAGAUAUAUUUCAGACUAUUUAAUGUUCUUUCAUGUUCCCCCAUUUUUAAAACUCAUUUUAAUUGUGAAAUUAAUGUACUCUAUAAAAUGUCCCUUGAAAGUACUGGUAUAGUUGUAUAAAGAUGAUGUACAAAUAUUGAAAGUGGUCUAAAUAUAAUUUAUUUUCUUUAAUAUAGUUAAGUUUUGAAAAAUUAAAUGUUGAAUUUUGUUACAACAGAA